GCAUAAUCAUCAGAGGUUCUGCAAACAGCCAUGUUUGUCAUCAAACAAGCGUAAGGCUGCUUCCCAGAUGGUGAAUCAUGUCCGACGCUCAUUGACUUUGCAGGAUGAGAUGGAGAGUGUGAGAAAACGCAGGAAGAGGUCGGCAGAAAAUUGGUCAUCCGUGAUAGAGUGCAUGGCCACAGGAAGUAAUACCCUGACAGCGGGCGACACAGCAACUCUACAACUCCGGUGGUUCCAGAUGGACGAUGUGCAUUUGCCAGGCGUAGAGGGUAUGAGCGAUGCGGCGUUGAGAAUACUUAAUGAGCUUCCCCGCAGAGAGGAUUUUCGAGUUGCACUUACGACGUUCAUGACAGAGAUGGGUUGUGAACCUCCAUCUGAUGACCAAGUCAUACACACUCGAACACACUUGACUAUCGCCUGCACAUACGACGGGACGCACAGGGGCGCAAGCGUUCAGACGGCAAGAGUUUCACCACAGUUCCGCGGAAGAGCCGUGCACAGCGAUGUUGCAGUGAGAGGUGGCAAUAACAACAUAUGGUAUGCAUCAGUAGCCAUGUUUUUCGUCAUGAACGCUUGCACAGGUGGUGUUGCGGAGAUGCACAAGUAUUGUUUCGUGCAAUGGUACAAAGAGGUGGAUAGCGAAAGGGAACACACAACAGGUUGAGGCAAUCGGUCGACGGGUAUGACUGCAGAGGCUGGAAAGAGACCCAAGAGGGUGGACGAGGAACACUUGUUCCCGUUCACGUGGAAAUCAAGAAGACACACCAUAUCGAUAACAAAACGGGACGUAUUGCGAUUGGGUGUCAAGCAGUGGCUGAACGAUAACGUGAUUGAUAUGUACUUACAAUCCGUCUAUGACGAAUAUUUUCCAGACGGAGACAAUAUGACACUUCAUGUUUUGACAUCUUUCUGGCACCCCGCAGUCAUCGCCAAUCAGAAGGUUUAUGUCGCGAAAGCGGGAUGGCAGGGGCGGAUCAAGAGUACAUCGCCAAAGCUGCGUCGAAUAAGCAAUGAACUGCGAACAACAAGUGUUGUUCUCAUCCCUGCGAAUCACGAAAACCAUUGGAAAUUGCUCUUGCUACUGAAUGUCGGCCAGUUUUUGGCAGUCACGGAGGACAAUGAUGGCCAGAAACGACCUGUUGCGAUCGUCAUCGAUUCCUUUCAACAGAGCGGCCGACAGGAAUGGAAGGCGUUGCACACAUUCUUGUGGUAUGAAUACCUCAGCGAGGCAGACAAAACAGGGGUGUUGACUCCCGACACAGUGGACACGUCGUGGGUGACAUGGAGAGAUGUACUUGGAUCUAAGAUAGUGUACGCUGAAUGUUCGCAACAGACCAAUACGUCGGACUGUGGUGUUUACGUUUGUUGCGUGGCAGCUUAAUUGAUGCGAAAGCUAGCAAAACUG